AUGCGCAUGUACAUAUCCGCUGUGAUCUUGGUCCCUAGCACAUUUGCGCCUAGCAGACAGAACAAGCUCCACGACCACGAGACGAGCCUCUUAUCGACGCCCUCGAAAAUGACUUGGACCGCACGCCCCCUUGUUUUCCUUUCUUUUUUGCUUCCAUUCCCAGUUGUCCCCGUAUCGUUGGGCGCACAUGCGCAGGUCUUCGAUUGUCUUCUCCAGGUCAGCCUCGUCAGGCCUCAGUUGGCCGAUUCGCUAUGUGUAGAACACCUUCAGCACCUCGCCUUUCUACCCGUUCCCGCACCCGUUACCGUUGCCGUUGCCGUUGCCGUUGCCGUUACCGUUGUCAUCCGUCUUAGACUGACGGGAGCCGGCACGGCCCAUUCUGAGGUCAAAACGACUUCACGCACACCCAUCGUGAACUUGAAGUACCAAAUCCCACCCUUUCCAAUUCCUCCAAGGGGCUAA